CUACGUGUGCAAUAAAAGAACUAGGUGAAUUUCGAGAGCGAAUACAGACCCGAAAUCCUGCCACAAUAACACCCAAUUUCGUAAAAAAUGACGGAAGAACUGAUGAACAACACCACAAAACCAAAAAUAACAGAAAUUCCUGCAGUAAACGUCCGCAAUAGUUUGGAGAGUUUAUCGCGUCUCGAGAGCUCCGCUAGUCAAGUCGUGCAUCGCUUGGAAAGUCUCAAAACUGCCACAGAGGAAAAUGUCACGAAUAGCAAUGCAGCGGCGGCUCCCACAUAUUAUUUUCAUCCCGACAAGAAACUCCCGUCGGAGAUUUUGACGAGUCUCGAGGCGCUCGUGUCACAACCUUACGACCCGGAUAGCGACGAAAUUGCGGAAUAUCCGUUGCCGCCGCUCGACGAAAUGAGUCAUUUGGUGCUGGUUUCGCACUCGAUUACCUCGUACCUCAGCUACUUGAAUCGGCGGCAACUGAUGAAAGUGACGUCGAAAAUUCUUACAGACACCGGGCGAUGGUUGAGUCAAAUGUUCCGGUACGUGGAUUGCGCUGCGAGUUACCACAAGGACAGUAGUGAGUGUUUGGUGCGCGCAAUUCGUCUCGCAAUGGCCGCGAAAUUCCCGAAUUACUACGAAAAUGGCGUCAAAUCGUUGCCCGACGUGAGUUUGUACAUUUCUGAGAAUUCGUCGCCUUUAAUUUUGCAGUUUGCAUGUCGCCAAAUCGGAUUGCCGGUGAGUUCGAUAAUUGUGGUGCCGUGUAGUAAUGCGCCCGGAUGUGCGGGAACGAUGGAUAUCGCUGCUUUACAAAAGUUGAUAAGCUUUGAUGUGACCGUAAAACGAGUUCCGUUGUUUUUAGUAGCGAAUUUGGGAGCUUCGUUGCUCGGAGAGUCGGAUAAUAUUCUGAAACUUCAAGAAUUGUGUCACGCAAAUCAGAUUUGGCUCCACGGCAGAGGUCAUAAUUUGGCAUCUAUGAUACUGGGACAAGGAGCUCUCGACUCAAAUACCACAAUUUGUGACUCCAUGACCCUAAAUUUGUCGAAUUGGUUCGGAGUACCUGCCGUGCCGUCGGUUUUGUUGUACAAACCUGUCGCUAAUAUCUCGCCUGCGAUGCUUUUUGACUCGGAUCCGCUCCUUUCGCGCUAUUUAUCCGCCAUUUCUGUAUGGAUGAUGUUACAAUCCAUGGGACGAGAAGCAAUAUCUGACCGAAUUUUGGCAGCAUUUCAAUCGUGCAAGGCUUUUUACGACAUCGUAUCGAAAGUAAAUGGCCUCCAAGUGCUCAGCAAAGUACCGGCAGCCAAUGUUCCCAUCACGGAACUCUUAAAUAAACCCUUGAACGUCGCUUUACUCUUCGAUACUGCCGUUCCCGUGGUCGUUUUCAAGUUCGACCUUGACUUGAAAGAGCUCAAUAAAGACUCGGAAGCCUCAAAUGACAAAACUGCCGACAUUAACGCCUCCUACAUCGAUCGUUUGAACUCCUGGCUCGGACAAAUCCUGCAACGAGAUAGCAGUCAAAUCGAAUUAGAGAUUAUCGAUCAUGGCAAACACGGGACUUGUAUUCGUUUUUGUCCCUUGGAACUGGGAAUCGGUGAAUUACCGCCGCCAGAAGAGUAUUUGGAGAGUUUUGCGACGUCAAUUGAUGCGCAAGUCGAGAUUUUGCGAGCAACGGUGAAGCACAAACAGACAUUCAACCGGCUCGUGAGGGAAAAUCCCGUUUUGCAGCUCGUCGAAUUGAGUGAUUGGGCGGGCUUAGGAGGCGUUCGGUACGUUCCGGAGUUUAUUGAUGCCACAACGGAUGGGGAUGAGUCGAAACAGGAACUGAAUAAGUUGAAUAAUCAUCUCGUGGAUCAAUUAAGAGCGACGGAUUCGGCAUUUUCGCUGGGAGAAGCGGAUGGCAUGACGUGUGUGCGGUUCGGGAUGGUCACGGAAGACACGGAUGUGAAUGAAUUGCUGGAACUGGUAGUGGAUGCGGGACAAUCCAUUCAAGAGGACUCCAAGGUGCUCGAUAGUAUGUCGGAAAUUGUGAAAAAAGGAAUUGAGGCUGCCACCCUUGACUUGCAACGAGAAAACGAAGAAAAAUUAUGGCAAGAAGGCAUUUUGCGACACGUUCCUGUGUUUGGUCACUUUGUCAAUUGGUUCUCGCCUCCGCCUAAAGAAGGCGGCAUCAAAGGUAGAAGCCUAAAUUUGCAACAGGGAGUCGUUGAGACAACAGAAAAUAUUUACAAAUAUCACAUGCAACUUCCGAGCGGCGUACCUGCAACAGGUCAAAAUUCGUCGGGACACACGCCGCUAAGUGGUCACAGCAGAAGCGAGUCACAAAGUAGCGCGACAAAUACACAAACAACGACAAAACCAUUGCCAGGACAAACGCAACAACAGCUCGAACCGAUUCCCAUGAGCGAAGAGACACCCACUGAAGACAAUAAACCCGCGGAAGCGACGAAAGAUGCGACGGAAUGAAGUUUUUAACGGCGAAAUUCGUUGACUUUUGUUUUAUUUACUACCAAAUCUUUCUAGUUCUUGUCCAUAUUUCGUGUAGCACGUAAGGAAUGAAUACAUUUUAAUAUAUAAAUAUUAUAUUUAACAAAAAAAAAAUGUUAAAACAAGCAAAAAAAGCACAUAUAAGUUUAAUCAAACACGUAAUAAUUCCAAAAUAAUCGGUAUUAAACAUUAUAAUUUAACCUACCUACUUAAGGCUGGAGCAAUGAGGAAAUGUCUUUCACAUUUAUUUAUUUUUUAAUUUUAAUUUUUUGAAAAAAAUCCUUUUAAAAUUUAAACAUUUUACAAAAUUAUUAAAGAUUUUAUUUUAAUUUUAAAAAUAUAUUAAAAUUAUUUUUUU